GCCUACGUGGGAGAAGGAGGGUUGGGGGAAGUGUGGAGGAUCUGAACCUGAGCCACUGCUGCCAGAAGAAGAUUUGGUGGGAGGAAAAGUAGAAGGGAAAAGAGGGGUGGGAGGUGAGGUGAAGAGGGGAUUUAGGUCGCUGCUCCCGGGCGGCACAAAGUUCCUGACGAUGUGGCUGAAGCCUGAGGAGGUGCUCCUGAAAAAUGCGCUGAAGCUGUGGGUGAUGGAAAGGUCCAAUGACUACUUCGUGCUGCAACGGCGUCGGGGCCACGGGGAAGACGGCGGAGGGGGAUUCACAGGGCUUCUGGUUGGGACUCUUGAUUCAGUCUUAGACUCUACUGCUAAAGUAGCUCCAUUUCGUAUUCUACACCAGACACCAGAUUCUCAAGUUUACCUGUCAAUUGCAUGUGGAGCCAACAGAGAAGAAAUAAUGAAGCAUUGGGAUUGGUUGGAACAAAACAUCAUGAAGACCUUAUCUGUGUUUGACUCAAGUGAAGAUAUUACUAAUUUUGUACAAGGAAAGAUAAGAGGAUUAAUUGCUGAAGAGGGAAAACAUUCUUUUGCAAAAGAAGAUGAUCCUGAGAAAUUUCGAGAAACUCUCUUGAAAUUUGAAAAAUGUUUUGGUUUACCAGAGCAGGAAAAAUUAGUGACCUAUUACUCAUGCAGUUAUUGGAAAGGACGGGUUCCUUGUCAGGGCUGGCUCUAUCUUAGCACCAACUUCCUGAGCUUCUAUUCUUUUUUGUUGGGAUCAGAAAUAAAACUCAUUAUCUCCUGGGAUGCGGUCUCAAAACUUGAAAAGACUUCAAAUGUCAUAUUGACAGAGAGUAUUCAUGUGUGUUCCCAAGGGGAUAGUCACUAUUUUUCGAUGUUUUUGCAUAUUAACCAAACAUAUCUUCUUAUGGAACAGCUAGCCAACUAUGCUGUAAAGAGACUUUUUGAUAAGGAAACAUUUGAUAAUGACCCAAUUCUUGAUGAUCCUCGACAAAUCACCAAAAGAGGUCUAGAAGAUCGAGCCCACAGUGAGCAGUAUAAUGCUUUUUUUAGGCUGCCCAAAGAAGAGACUUUGAAAGAAGUACAUGAAUGUUUUUUAUGGGUGCCAUUCAGCCACUUCAAUGCUCAUGGAAAAAUGUGCAUCUCAGAGAACUAUAUCUGCUUUGCUAGCCAGGAUGGCAAUCUAUGCAGUGUAAUCAUUCCAUUUCGAGAGGUCUUAGCUAUAGAUAAAACACAUGAUUCCAGCAAAUCUGUCAUCAUUAGCAUCAAAGGAAAAACAGCUUUUCGCUUCAGUGAAGUUAUAGACUUUGAACAACUGGUGGCAAAACUCAGGCUCAAGUGUGGGACAACUUCAAAUCAAUAUCACGAUAUUAGCACAGAGGUUCCUAUUAGUUCUCAUUCUACAGAUCCAUCUGAUAAUAUUGAGGUACAAUCUUUGCCAUGUCAAAGGGAAUACAGCGAAACUGUGAACACUGAAGCCUUAAUGACAGUAUAUCACCCUCAGAAUUUGGAGACUCUUAAUUCCAAAAUGUUGAAAGAAAAGAUGAAGGAACAGUCAUGGAAUAUCCUGUUUUCAGAAUGUGGGCGUGGUGUUACUAUGUUUCGGACUAAAAAGACUCGAGAUCUGGUUAUAAGAGGGAUUCCAGAGACCUUAAGAGGAGAGCUUUGGAUGCUUUUUUCAGGCGCUGUUAAUGACAUGGCUGCUCAUCCUGGCUAUUAUGCCAAAGUAGUUGAACAGUCCUUAGGGACAUGCAAUUUGGCUACUGAAGAAAUUGAACGUGAUUUACGUCGCUCCCUGCCUGAGCACCCAGCCUUUCAGAGUGACACUGGCAUAUCUGCUCUGAGGCGAGUACUCACUGCUUAUGCAUACAGGAAUCCCAAAAUUGGAUACUGCCAGGCAAUGAACAUUUUGACUUCAGUGUUGCUUCUGUAUGCAAAAGAAGAAGAAGCAUUUUGGCUUUUGGUUGCUGUAUGUGAACGAAUGUUGCCUGAUUAUUUUAAUCGUCGAAUCAUUGGUGCCUUGGUAGAUCAGGCGGUCUUUGAAGAACUUAUCAGGGAUCAUCUUCCCCAGCUAACAGAACACAUGACCGAUAUGACAUUCUUUUCUUCAGUUUCUCUUUCAUGGUUCCUCACCCUUUUUAUCAGUGUACUACCCAUUGAAAGUGCAGUGAAUGUGGUGGACUGUUUCUUCUACGAUGGAAUAAAGGCCAUUUUACAACUGGGAUUGGCAAUUCUUGACUAUAAUUUAGACAAACUGCUGGCAUGUAAAGAUGAUGCUGAAGCCGUGACAACUUUAAACAGGUUCUUUGACAGUAUCACUAAUAAGGAUAGUCCAUUGCCUUCAAGUGUUCAGCAGGGUUCAAAUGUGAGUGAUGAAAAAAGCAGUCAUAUUAGAGUGGAUAUUACAGAUUUGAUUAGAGAGUCAAAUGAGAAAUAUGGUAAUAUUCAUUGUGAAGAUAUACACAGCAUGCGCUGUCGAAAUAGGUUGUAUGUGAUACAGACUCUAGAGGAAACAACAAAGCAGAAUGUGUUACGUGUUGUAUCACAAGAUGUGAAAUUGAGCCUUCAUGAAUUGGAUGAACUUUAUAUCAUCUUUAAGAAAGAGCUGUUUUUUUCUUAUUAUUGGUGUUUGAGUUGUCCAGUAUUGAAGCACCAUGACCCCAGUUUGCCAUAUUUAGAACAGUAUCAGAUUGAUUGCCAGCAGUUCCGAGUGUUAUAUCACUUGUUGAGUCCCUGGGCUCCUUCUGCAAACAGAGACUCACUAGCUUUAUGGACAUUCCGAUUGUUGGAUGAAAACUCUGACUGCCUUAUCAACUUCAAAGAAUUCUCUUCUGCAAUUGACAUAAUGUACAAUGGAAGUUUUACUGAGAAGCUUAAACUACUUUUUAAGCUGCAUAUUCCUCCAGCUUAUACUGAAGUGAAAUUGAAGGACCCUUCAAAGGGAGAUGAACUUUCCGAGGAAGAAUUACUUUAUUUCAGUCAGCUCCAUGUUUCCAAGCCUGCAGGUGGGAAGGAAGCAGUAUCAGCAAAACAUAGCCCUGAAAAAGGCAAAGGAAAAAUUGAUAUUCAAGCAUAUCUUAGUCAAUGGCAAGAUGAGCUUUGCAAAAAAGAAGAAAACAUUAAGGAUUUACCAAGAAUGAAACAGUCACAAUUUAUUCAGUUUUCAAAGACCCUUUAUAACUUAUUUCAUGGGGACCCUGAAGAAGAGUUGUUAUAUCAAGCCAUUGCUGUUGUAACCAGCCUUUUGCUCAGAAUGGAAGAAGUUGGAAGGACACUUCAUAGCCCUACAUCAUCAGCCAAAGGAUUCUCUGGUAUCGUUUGUGCUUCUAGAGGACCCAGUGAGGGGAAAACAGAGAUCCCCUUGGAGAAAGAUCCCUCCUUGCUCAAGGAAGAACCUCAGUGGUCAUUUGCAUUUGAACAGAUUCUUGCUUCUUUGUUGAAUGAACCAGCAGUGGUGAGGUUUUUUGAGAAACCCAUAGAUGUAAAAGCCAAACUAGAGCAUGCAAAAACCUCUCAGUUAAGUUCCAGAAACAAGAUAUAAAUCUCUUAACAGGAAUUGCCUUUCAGACAAAUUCACUGAUUCCUGUAGUUGUCAGCUUGAUUCCUGGGAGUAGAGAUCAGGGAUUUAUUAUGUACCAAAAUGUUUGAAUGUUUGAAAAAUAUAUUUGAAACACAAUCAUUCCUUUGUGGUAGUCUCUAAUUUUUAUAUUCUCCAAUACAAAUGUAAUUUUUAAAAAUUUUAUUUUUCAAUUAAAGUUUACAUUCAAUAUUAUUUUGUAUUAGUUUUAGGUGUAUAGCAUAGUGGUUAGACAGUCAUGGACUGUGCACAGUGAUCCACUGAAAUUCCCAGUAGCUUCCUAGUACCAUAUAUAGUUAUUAUAUUAUCGACUGUAUUUCCUAUACUAUACAUCCCUGUGACUACUUUAUAACUACCAAUUUGUACUUCUUAAUACCUUCACCUUUACAAGAUACAAGGUAUCAGGGGAGAGUGUUAAAUGAUACCACCAGAGGGCGCCAAUGUAACACUUUUGGUAAAGAAAUUACUAGUUUGUGCUGCUAUUUCCAUAUGAAUAACUGAUAAUUUUGAAAAUGUGGUAUUAAUGUUUGAGUAUUAGUGAUGAUGAUAUGUUAUACUGAUGAAUGCUACUUUCCAAAUUACAAUGCUGUAGAAAACCAGGCUCUUAAAUUUAUAGCCUUAAUUAUAAGAUUACUGUAUGGGGGCUCAUUUUCAAGUUAUCUAACUGAAAUGAUAUUAACUUUUUAAAAGUUAAUCUAAUCUUGUCUUCUAAUAAUAAAUGUUUUAUUUUAGUAACUUCCUAAUUCUUCCUACCUGAGCAGUUCAGAAGCUGCUGACUCAUACUUCUGUGUUAUUGAUAAAAAUAUAUCAAUAACUCAAAACUCUGGGCUAAUAUAAAGAAAAACAAUAUUGGAUGUGGAUCUAAGCCGGAUAAAGCCAGCUUUUUCAGAAGGGUUAAGAAAAAGUUCAAUUUUAACUGUUUCUCAUUAAACUGAAAAAUUACUUGAAAUUCUUCUGAGCACUGCUGUUUGUGGCAUUUGUCUCAGAAUAGCUUGUGACUGCUUUGAUUCUAGCUUUAUAUUUUGGAUUUUCACCAGUCAUGUUUUAAGUUACAUUAGAUUGACUGUAUUAGUCUGGCAAGUCCAUAAAAUAUAAUAGUGUGUAUGACUGUUAAGAUGAUGUAUAGAAUUGCUGGUAUUUACCUAAAAAGUUUUUACUGUAUGAUUUAGAUAUAAAUUUCUAUAUACUUUAUGCUGCUUAUGUAUCAGUCAUUACAGUGAAGAUCCAUGUAUAAAUAAUGGGCUUCAUUAGCACUUUAAAGAAAAAAUAAUCAAACUAUACUUCUGAUAGGAGCAAUUUAUUAAUCAUUUGACUCUAGAAUUGUGGGGAAAAAUCAUCCACUGAGUUUCUUUCUUCAAAAAAGACUUUGGUUUUAAGCCCUUUGACUUUUAGAUUUGAAAUAGUGAAAGGAUAGACAUCCUUUAGACUCAGGUGACCCAAGAAGUCUUCUUUUGUGGAAAAAAAAAUGGUAUAUAUAGUCAGCCUUUAACAAGGAUCCACUGUGAUUAAGGUGUAACAUAGAGGGCUUUGUCACCAUAGAAUAUAUUAUUUUCAGAAAGACGAAUUUUUAAGUGAACCCUUUGAAAUUUUCAUAAAUUGAACUUAACCAAACACUUAAUAGUAGUGUCUUUAAAAUGAUUUGGUCAGUCAUUUCCUUAUCUUUGCAAGGAAAUUACCAUUUAAAGAGAUAGCUGGUAGAUAACAUCUAUUCCUUUUCUCAGAAAUGAUUUGCUGAAACAUGUUCACAGUUCAGAGUUUGGCUAAUAGUUUAUAUGUUAACUAUCACACAUUUGCUAUUAUGCAAUAAUUGAUAAAUUAAACCUCUGUAGCUCUAAAAAGACACAGGCUCUAUGCUUAUAUACAAAGGCACUAUUGCACAUAUUUUGUUGACUAUUUUGUCAAUUGUAUUUACAAAAAAGAUACUUUCUUAAGAGUAUAUGCUAUUAAUAUUUGAUAUUUUAAAGUCAGAAUAUUGAAGACUACCUUAUAUUGUAUUGUAGCAUAGAUUAAUUAACAUUGAAUACUUAAAGAAAUUUUUUAGUUGCAAAAAGACUAUACAUGCAAGUUAAGACAACUUUUUCUCAGUCUGUAGGAGAAAUAAGCAAAAUACAUAGUUUUAUAGUUGCUACCUUGAUGAACAAAUGGGUCUUAUGUGGCUGUGUCAAAAUGAACCAGAGCAUUAUACCUUAUAUAUUACAUUAAAUAUGUUAUAAAGUGGCUUUUCUUGUCUUAUAAAAUAAGUGUUAUAAAUCUAUUCUAAUAAACAUGAAAAGUGGUUUACUUAAUGAUA